AUGCAAGCAGACCGAGUUGAAGUCGCUCCUUCUGUCGGGAAAAAGAAAUGGAUGUCACGGCGCAGAGGUGCAUGUGAGAUGUGCAAGUCGAAGAAAGUCCGCUGCGAUGGUGCGACGCCAUGUAGAUAUUGUAACUUGCACAAUCUGGAGUGCGAGUAUCAGCUCUCGAAGAAGCAGCAGACCUCCAACAAGCCUCCGAUAGCGUCAACAACUGAGGACGUUACAGUAGAGCCGUCGUACGCAGAAAACGACGACGCUGGAGUCACAACACUCGUUCCCUCGCUGAAUGACGUACAGAUACCGCCUGAAUUAACAGCCACACGACUUGGAGCGACCAACCGUAUUUCCGGAAAUGCAGGCAGUAGUCUCCAAGAGAUGAUGUUUGCCACAAAUGACCGGCAUGUCAUGCCGGUCAUGUUUGAUGGGUAUGCUCACGACGAUUUCUCGGCCACAUCUAUGGAGUGGAUCGGCAGUGACAAUCUAGGAGCACCGUUCUCUGUCGAUAUGAGCAAUAUGAACGGGCUGGGAAUGCUACCUUGGUCACCCCCGAAAAACACCUACUCGGAAGCUAAUUUUGACAUCCCGUAUCCAAUCGAACACACUGCCGAUGUAUCAGCAAACCUGACUUCAACCUCACAAUUCGAGCUGGAUUUGCCACUGUCCCUGACCGGACCCAUGAGGGACAGAUAUGAUGAGAAGAUGUGGGAAGAAGUUAGUUCCAAGAUGUCAUUCGGGCUCGGCGGUGAGCAAUAUGAUUCCACCCAUUCGCGCUGGUAUUGGAGCGACGCAGCAUUGUUUGAAAAGUGCAAGUCUGCUUGUUUUGAUGAACCCCUUGGUAUUUCCACCUUUUUGACGAGAUCGCAUUUCGACAAUUAUGUCCAACAAGCAAGGGAGUCGCCAUCCAUUGAGGGCUUAGCAGAAGGCGAUCGCUCGACUAAGAAUGGCAUUAAGCUCUCGCGAUGCCGUGCAGCGAUCACCCGACACACUCCUGAAGAUGCAGCAAUGACGACAAUUUCUGAGCAAAUCGAUCACAAAAUUCACACUCAACUUUUGUCAUACGCAGUCAGCUGUGCCAGAACUCGAAUAUUUAUGAAUCGUGACUCGGUAUACAUGACCAUGACAAAAGAGAAGGAACAACUUGCAAGGAGAAGUCUGUGGUACCUCUACUCGAUCGAAGUCGUCCAUUCCAUACGCGAUGGAAUGCCACCUAUCCUCACUCGCGACUGGAUCGACUAUGCACUACCUGAAGUCAGCAAAGACACGGAUUGGCUGCUCAUCCAAUGUCAACAUGCCAGCGCUCUCAGCUCGGCAGUCAAUACGCUCUACAGUCAAAGGGCCCUUAGCCAAACCUUGGACGAGCGAGAACGAAAUCUGAUGCAGGCACACAAGGUCCUCGAAAGCUGGAGAACAGGUCUUCCAACACAUCUGCAGAAUAUCCAUCGGCACGAAACAGGGUAUGUCAACCUCGACGAUCAGAAGACGCGCCAUUUGACCUUGACCAUGGUUCACAAAUAUCAUGAGGCCAUAUUUAUCAUUUUCUUUCCAUGGACCGGAAGCCAGUCCAAAGGAAUAAUCUCGGAACACUAUCGCAAGAGGAGCAUGGAGCUUUGCGUAAAAUCAGCCCAAGCCGUGUUAGCCAUCGCGGCCCGAAUCUCAAGUUGUGACAUCCUCGACGGAAAGCUUAUCAACCUGAUCGCAGUUUCGAUCUGUGUGACUUUCUUGGAUAUUGUGAGUAGCGGUUGCAAGAAAAGCUUGCCAUACUUAACCGAUGCUCUCAAGCUUACGCAGCUCGCUCAGAGGUCUGGGAAAACUUGA